AUAGCAUGGCCCCUUCUUAUUGUAGGAGAAGCACGCCUAGAACAUAAACUUAGAAUAGCCUUUCCAACGCUCCUAAAUACAGCUUCGUACAAAAGCUUCAUCAGCUUUACGCCACACAAGAUAGCUACCCCUUUAAUAGAGCAAUAUAACACUCGUUUCGUCUAA